UAAUAGAGAAAUGUAUCCUUUGUUUACCCUUGUGGCGCUUGGUUCGCUAUCGAAAUGAUCUCAGCGUAGCACGAAUGAAAAAAUUGCGGCGGCUAACGAUAAAUACAUCAAUCAAAGCUUCCUUGAUUAAGGAUCAGUUUGUCUUGUGGGAUCACGGCGCAAUCUUAGUGAGGAAGAUUAACGAAACACUUCUUGUCAUUUUAGCACAAAGAAGUGUCGAGGAAGUCUUUUCCUGAGCGUUUCGAAACACGAACGUUUCUGAUUCACAAAUAGCGACCUUUCAGAACCAGUGGAGAGACGAAUAUGCAGCAAUUUAGAGCGACAUCUCACCAAGAGAUGCGAGUGGAGUUCAUAUCGCAUUUCUCGCCGACGCACACGGAAGAAGCAUUUUGUUGUAUGAAAAUAAUGAGGUCUAAGUGCGAACUGUGUGAUGUGAACUUACUCGUUGGUGAACCUCAGCGGCGGAUUGCCGCGCAUCGACUCGUGUUGGCGUCAUGUAGUCCAUAUUUUCAAGCCAUGUUUACGAGUGAGCUAAUUGAAAGCAGGCAAAGAGAUAUAACGUUGCAAGGAGUCGACGCUGAUGCCAUCGAAUUACUCGUGGACUUUGCUUACACCGCGCGCAUUCAAGUAAGCGAAGAUAACGUGCAAGCUUUGCUCCCCGCGUCGAGUUUAUUACAGCUAACAAGCGUAAAAGAUGCUUGCUGUGAAUUUCUUAAGAAUCAACUUCAUCCCUCAAACUGUCUUGGUAUUCGAGCUUUCGCUGACACUCAUACCUGCGUGGACUUAUUGGAAUCUUCGCAUCGUUUCGCCCUUCAGCACUUUUUGCAAGUCUCGCAAACCGAGGAGUUUAUGCUCCUUUCUGUCGAACAAGUCUUGGAUCUCAUCUCUAACAGUGACGUGAACGUAGAAAAUGAGGAGCAAGUGUACAAUGCGGUUAUAAACUGGGUCAAGUUCGACGUGGACAAUCGCAGGGAAUUUGUAAGAGACCUGUUACCAUUUGUGAGGCUUCCCCUGCUGACAAGAGAAUGCUUAAUGACCCGCGUUGAAAGUGAAGAAUUGAUACGAAAUACCCCAGACUGCAAAGACUUGCUCAUCGAAGCGAUGAAGUACCACCUUUUACCAGAGCAGCGCUCAGUGCUUCAAAGCCCCAGAACUGUCUCCCGCAAGCCUACGGGACAAGUACCAAUCUUGUUUGCCAUUGGAGGGGGCAGUCUGUUUGCCAUUCAUAGUGAGUGUGAGUGCUAUGAUCCCAGGAUUGACAGAUGGUGCAUGGUGACUCCCAUGUCAACCAAGCGUGCCAGGGUGGGUGUUGGGACAGUGUGUGGGAGAAUUUACGCUGUUGGUGGAUAUGAUGGAAGUAAUGACUUGGCAACAGUUGAAGCUUACUGUCCUCAGAGUAAUCAGUGGUUGUCAGUUCCAUCAAUGGGAACGCGUCGUAGCUGUCUGGGUGUUGCUGUCUUAAAUGGUUUGAUUUAUGCCAUUGGUGGCUAUGAUGGAGCAUCCUGUUUGAAUAGUGUUGAGAGAUUUGACCCUUUGACAGCUCAGUGGACAUCAGUUGCAGCCAUGAACACACGAAGGCGGUAUGUGCGCGUGGGUGUAGUGAAUGGCAUCAUCUAUGCCAUAGGAGGCUACGAUGGCAGUGCACACCUAAACACAGUGGAGUGCUUUGACCCCAUGACCAACACAUGGAGAAUAGUUGCCAGUAUGGCCAGCAGAAGAAGCAGUGCUGGUGUGGCUGUACUGAAUGACAUGCUGUAUGUUGUUGGUGGUAAUGAUGGAGCAUCUUGUUUGAACACAAUGGAGCGCUAUGAACCUGUUGCUGAUGCAUGGACUUGCCUGGCCCCUAUGAGUAUUCGCCGCAGCACCCAUGAUGUGGCAGUAAUUGACAGCAUAUUGUUUGCAGUGGGAGGUAAUGAUGGCAGCUCCAGUCUUAACAGUAUUGAGAAGUAUGACCCAGAAACAAACAAGUGGACAUCAGUUGUCUCCAUGAGCACAAGGAGAAGCAGUGUUGGAGUGACUGUGGCUCAUGUUUUGCUGCUCUGAAGCUUAUACUCCUUGGACAUUAAAAGUUUA